AUGGAGGGCGGCGGCCCUCUGCCUCUCUCGAACCCUAGGCCACUCGUGUUGGGCCGCGCCGCACACCAACCGCUGGACUAUUUCUCGUCGGGCCGAAAUGAAGGGUCGUUGUUGGGCCAAACUGGUUGGGCUCUCUCUUCUUGUGGGACACAUCCUGAGCUGGCCAACUCUGCAAGAUGGGAUGGGUCCACCAAUGGGCCAUUUAAUUAG